CCGAAUUUCCCGAAUACUCGACCCUGAGUGGAGCACUGUUUUUAAGAUAUCUCAGCCAUUUUCAUUUCGUAUAUGAUGCACAUAUUUAUUAUUCACUUUGAUAUUGUAAAGCGAAUCAUAUUUAGUAUUAUUCAUGUGUUUAUUCCUUUCCAGAGACAUCAGCAACAAUCCCCUGACUCGCAUCGAUUCAGGAGCUUUGAGAAAAUUAGAAAGUUUGCAAAUAUUCAUGCUUGUAGACGUCAAUGUGGCAUACAUAGAGCCUGAUUUGUUUUAUGACCUGCAUUCUUUACAGUCAGUAUCUACUUCUGAUAACAGAGUGUGCUGUCUUCUUGAUCAUCGAGACAACAUGACUUGCGCAAGGUCAUCUCCUACCGGUCCCCUAGACACGUGCGGUAGGCUCUACCCAAAUAUCGCCAUGCGACUGGCUGGAUGGAUCAUUGGGGUUUCCUCUUUGAUCGGGAACAUGGCUGUCCUCAUCGUCCGGCAUGGAGAAACUCCACAACCUCGUGUCCAGACUCUUUUCAUAUCCAACCUAGCCAUUGCUGACUGCCUGAUGGGUGUGUACAUGAUCAUCAUCACUUCAACGGAUAUUUACUUUGGAAACCAAUAUUUCCUGAGUGCCCCCAUUUGGCGUGACUCAAGAUUGUGCAAAUUUACUAGCGUUCUGGCUUUUCUAGCGAGUGAGUGUUCCGUCUUCACGUUGACUCUCAUGACCGUCGACAGGUUUAUUAGUAUCAUAUUUCCUUUCGGAAAAUGGCGCAUAUCUAUCAAAUCGGCCAGAAUUCUGAUUUUAAUGAUGUGGACCCUCAUGCUGGCUCUUGCUGUCAUACCGCUUUUGGUGGGUUCGGAUGUGCGUGGGUUUUACGGUUUGUCUGAUGUCUGUAUUGGAUUACCACUGCAUGCUGAUUCCGUUCAGACAGGCAGAUUAGAGGCCCCUGACCUAGACUUUGACUCAACAGCACUUGAUUUUCGCGUCGAAUACGUUGUCACUGAGAGCGUCUCUCGUCCAUCAUGGAUAUACUCGAAUGUUACGUUCAUCGGGGUCAACAUGGUUUUAUUCCUUAUUAUCGCAAUUUGCUACAUCAUGAUGUUUAUUCAAGUGAAACGUUCGUCCAGGUCCGUGGGAAACGUGGCGCUACGCGACAGGGAGUACAAAGUAGCUGUUAAAAUGGCAUUCAUCGUAGGAACGGACUUCGCUUGCUGGAUGCCAAUCAUUGUCAUGGGUAUCCUCACACAAUCUGGCCUGGUUGUACUACCGACAUCCCUCUAUGCUUGGAGUGUGAUAUUCAUCAUCCCAAUCAACUCUUCAAUCAAUCCAAUACUAUACACGUUCAUCAACUACAUCGAUAAUAGAAAGAAACCUGCUGAACAAAUGAACCGGAAGAACGAUUUGAAAAAAAUCAAAACCACCAUCACUGAAAUCGAUAAUCCUGCUUAUGAACCGGAUAAAAAUUGAAACGUUCCUGUAUGAUUAAAAUUAUGUGCGACAACAUUAAUAAUCAGUAUGAACGAUACUGCGCUUUUGCAAGACAACUGACAUAGAAAAUGAUAAUAAUAGUUAAUGAUAAUCAACUGACAGGCUGCAUAAGGUCAGAGAUGGUGUAAGUAAGGGGCGGCGCAAGAGUGUUGCUAAUAGAUAUUUUUUAAAGAAUGAAUAGUUGCUCCAGGGUAUCGGAAAAUCAUACAUACAUGUAUAUAGGCUCCUAUUAAUCAUCUAAAUAACGAUGACAUCUAAUAGUUUUAUUGUUGAACAUUGAAGAGAAAUAAUGUGCCUGGAUGUGUCUGUAUUAAUGUACGUGAUGUAGUAAGGUUUUGAUGUAAUGGUCACGUUAUUGCACGUACCGAGAGUACUCAAGCUGUAAACACUAGGUCUGUAUACACAUUUUGAACAGGAUAUAAAACUUAUGUAUUAAACAAAAUAUAUAUAUAUAC